AUGGACGAGAAUACUGCCAGGCCAUCAUUUCUCGACGAAAAUGCCAAUAGGACCUCCAUGCUGCCCUAUCUCAUCCAGGAACACAAGAGACUGGCAGCCAGGCGGUUCUGCCAUGCUCGAAGCAAGGAGAAUGGCCUGAAACACCUGGACAUCCGGACGGGCUGGUUGGCCAUCUUCUGGUUACUAACCUUCUUCUUCGUCAUGUGGCUUCUGCUGAUGUUGUUGGUGGACAUUGUGACCAGUUACCUGGCAAAUCCUGUUGCAACGCAGAUCAAGGCCGAGGAUGGGGAGUUGGAGUUUCCCGACGUGACUGUCUGCCCCAAGUCGCCCUUCGGCAGCGGCAUCUCCAAAACCGAGCUGAAGGCCCUAGAGGCGUUGCGUGAGAGGGUGAAGAAGAAGCUGCAAGACGCUGCUCUCGAAUCGACGAAGGGGAACGUUCAGGCUGCCAUGUUGAUCCAGCUGGCAACAAAAGGAGGUUGGUUGUACAGUUGAUAGCGAGCAUAUAUCGAGUGGGUUGAGCAGAUCUGGAAAGUUUUGAUUUAGUUGAGGGACUGGUUGUCCGGAGAUACUGGGACUAGCAAAAUUCGAUGACGCUUUAUAAUUUCAUAACUACUUAUUGGAUUGCUCACGGUACUUGCAUAGUUAUAAGAUUUAGGAUCCAAUAAGGGCAAUCAAACGUGAUAAGAAGCUGGUCUUCUUCAGACUUCGUACUUUACAAGAGGGCAUCAUUCGGUUUAAAAAGGUUUGUGAUCACCGAAAUUUCUAGGACUAUGAAAUAUUUACUCAUAUGGCAUUGUAUAUGUACGCUCAUUAAGGCUGCGUAUGAAGUACGCAACACAGUCCACAUUGCGAAAUUUUACGAAACCUGUGUGGCGUCUUCUUAAUAGGGCGAAGGAAUGUAUCAUCUUCCUUACAAAGUAUACAGUGUGUAGUUUGGAAACUCCUUUGCCAAAAUGUGGCCGAAAUUCUCGCAAGAGGUGACAACCGGGUGAGCCGGAGGCUGCUUGAGUCAUGGUUUACUGCCCCCCAGUCCAUUAACAAGUGCAGUGAUCUUUCCCUUCCAUACUCGGUGCUGAGACUUCGCCUAGGCGGAGGAAUUAGCAACACGGGAAGUGUACAGGUGAACACCCUUCCCAACGUGAGGACCGGUGGAUCAGAUGGUCUUACAAUCAUCACACCAACAUCCAACGCACGUGAUGAAAUUGUAGCAAUUAAAGAUGUGAACAUCGGCCAUCAAACAAUCAGCAUACCAAGUGCAACGAUCCGUGAAUAUUCAUAGGUAUGCGGUAGCAUGGCGACUGCAUUCUAUAAAUACCGCAGCUCCUUGUGCAACAACCACCCGUUUCUGCUUUUUCGUCUCUGAUGAUGGGUUCGAGCAGGAAUACGAAAAGUGAGGCUAAUAAAGCUCUUGUCCCAGCGAUCGUGUAACUGCUUCCUGGGACUCGUUUCUUCGCUUCUAUUGGCAAUACAUGAGAAAUUAAGCUGCCGACAAAGGUAAGGUAGACUGGGAUAUCAAUUGCUGGCUUAUUCGCCGGGCAAUGACCAAGGAUUCUGGGUUUGAAUCCCAGGUUUUGCAAACCUGUGUUUGGGUAUGGCUGGCUGCUGACGACUAGCAGGCCAGAAAUGACCACUCCGGCGUCCAUGUUUGCUUUUGUCAGUAAUUCUUUCUGAAUGAGAACCAUCCGCAUGGGUUUCACAUAGAGCACUGGUCUAAAUUCUUCAAAACCACGUUCCGCGUGAGUACAAUGUUUCGCCCGUCUGAGUAGACGAGGAGAACCUUGGCAACGGUGACUUGCGCAGCAUUGGCCACAGCGGUCCUGAGACAAGUGGAAUGGGACCACUGACUGACCUGGCUUAA